AGAGAAAGAGUGUAUUAGGGAUUGGGACCGCUGAGCUGACCAUAUAUAAAAUAAUUGUAACAAAAGAAUCUUUCUCUCUCUCUCUCUCUAAGCAGCCGGUGGCCAUGGAAGCAUUUCUCUGACAAAGCUAAAUUCUCUGUUCACAUUCUUUUAUUUCCUUUUUGGGUUUUUCACUCUUCAUUUCAAGCUUCAAUCUUUUCUCUCUACUGUGUCUGCAUCUGCUCUCACACCCUUCUUCACUUACAAAUAUAGGUGGUGAGGAUGUCGACUCCUUCAAGGAAAAGACUGAUGAGAGAUUUUAAAAGGUUGCAACAAGAUCCACCUGCUGGCAUCAGUGGAGCUCCUCAAGACAACAAUAUUAUGCUUUGGAAUGCUGUUAUCUUUGGACCAGAUGACACCCCCUGGGAUGGAGGUACGUUUAAGUUGACACUUCAGUUCACAGAGGAUUAUCCUAAUAAACCACCUACAGUGCGCUUUGUUUCUCGAAUGUUUCAUCCAAACAUUUAUGCGGAUGGCAGUAUAUGCUUGGACAUUUUACAAAAUCAGUGGAGCCCAAUUUAUGAUGUAGCUGCAAUACUUACCUCAAUCCAGUCACUGUUGUGUGAUCCAAACCCAAAUUCUCCAGCAAAUUCUGAAGCUGCUCGGAUGUUCAGUGAGAACAAGCGUGAAUACAACAGAAGAGUACGUGAGAUAGUUGAGCAGAGUUGGACUGCUGAUUAAUCAUCAUAGAGCCACCCUGGCACUUUGUUGUCACAGUAUUUUAUUGAAUAAUCACCAGACUUGAAAACAACAUUUAUGUUUUUCUAGCCCCUUUGACAAUGUGCUUGCUCAAACUUUCUAUGAAUUUAUGUUCCGUCUUAUUUUGUCCAUGUGGUGCGCAUAUGUGUUUUUGUUUACUCAAACCAUCAUUUGUUUCAUCAUUAUAUAACAUAUGAUGACUUGUAGCUAAA